UACGUGCCUAGUGCUGUUCUCGUUCCACUCGAAAGGUGGCGCUUGUAUUUAAAACGCAAGAUCAAGGAUUCAAUUAAUAGCCUGGGACGUUUCGACCGACCUGCUGAACAACAUCGAUAUAAUUGCAUGUCCUUUUUGCAUUGUGAUAAACGUUUGUUUCAGCUCAGAGAAAGGGUCCAAAUUGUGUUACAUCGGAAAUGUAAUGAUUAAUCCGUUAUCACUAAAUAACCAGAUGAUUAAUAGGUGUUUGGAUCUUUUUAACAGGUGAUCAAUGAGCUAUAUAUUGGCCCGUUGAUCAUGUCUCAUUUAUUUAUUUAUUACAAAAUGUUAUUAGUUUAUAGAGGACGAAGUCACGCCAAAAGUUUGUUUGAAACACCUGAUCAAUCAGACAAAUUAUGAUCUAUUUAAUCAGUUUAAACAACUGAUGACGGGGCGUCUGGAUUUGAACCGCCGCAGUAACAGGCAAAAUGUGCCAAGCCGUCCCGCAGGGUAGGGGGGUUGCUGGCGCGCGGCGCGGUCGGUCCCGCCUCUGCUGCUUAAAGAGUCCGGUACGCCUCCGCGCUCCUCAGUUUGCCCAAGCAGCAGGAGUGGAUUAUAGGAUGCUGGACACGUGCGAUGGAUUCUAGUUUUUUUAUAUUAUCAACAUUACGGAAAGGAUGACUUCCGACAACUGUGAUUCUCUCGAGGCUCAGCAGAACAUCGGAGAAAUGUUGAAUUCCAACGUCUCCAAACAUUUACGCGAAGGCAAUGGCACCAACAGUGGCUCUUGUAGCUCGGUGUCCGUUGGAUAUCCAAUUACUAUGAUGCUCACGGGCAUGGUGGGCAACUCUCUAGCUCUUAUCCUGGUGUAUUUCUCUUACAAAAAGAAGGAAAAUAUAAGGAAAAGGUCGUUUUUGCUUUGUAUUGGCUCGUUGGCGCUGACCGAUCUCUUUGGGCAGCUUCUGACCAGUCCGAUCGUCAUAUCAGUUUACCAGGCGGGCCUCAAGUGGGAGCGCAUCGACCCGUCUGGCAACUUGUGCCCGUUUUUCGGUGUGUGCAUGACCACUUUCGGUCUCUGUUCUCUUUUUAUGGCCAGCGUCAUGGCCAUUGAGAGGGCCCUGGCGAUCACCAAUCCACACUGGUACUCCAACCACAUGAAGACAAGUGUCACCAAACAGACCCUGGUGAUCAUCUGGUGUCUGGUCUUGAUCUUCGCUCUGCUGCCCAUCGUAGGGGUCGGCAAAUACACUUUGCAGUGGCCAGGGACUUGGUGCUUCAUAAGCACGGGGGACAGGGAUGUUCCCGGGAACAUGUUUUUUUCCAUUACUUUCGCGCUACUAGGGAUCUUCUCUCUGCUUGUGACUUUCUCCUGCAAUGUGGCCACCAUCCGGGGGCUGGUCAUACGCUGCAGGAACAAGUCUGGCACGGCCCAGUCCUCCAAGCAGUGGGAACGACUCACCACGGAGACCGUCAUCCAACUGUUGGGGAUUAUGUGCGUCCUGCUAAUUUGCUGGUCUCCCUUACUGGUGCUAAUGCUGCGGAUGAUCUCCACCCAGACCUCAUCCCAUCACUGCAAGCAAGACCCCUCUUCUUCCUCCUCCUCCUCCUCCUCCUCCUCCGUGUUCUCAUCCACCUCCUCCUUAGCCCCGGGUCGAGACCUGGAUUGCAACUUCUUCCUCAUGGCCAUCCGCCUGGCCUCGCUCAACCAGAUCCUAGACCCCUGGGUGUACCUGCUGCUCCGGGAGAUCCUGCUGCGCAAGUUCUGCAUGGUGGCCAACGCCAUGUCCAACUGCUCCAUCGAGAGACGCAACGAGAACCAGGUGGCCCUGACCGCCCUCCACAAGGACGUCUCGCCGGAGGCGGACUGCCUCCAGAAGCAGCAGACGGAAUAGACGGCCCGCUUUGGUUUAUUGUUUACAUAGAAGCAGACGAGACGGGACGGGAUCCGGGGUUGUGGCGCGGAUCGGAUCGGAUCGGAUUUCCUGCACAUUGACAGAUUCAUUAAACGGUUCUGAAACGGAUUGUUUCUUUUUUCUGCACGACGGGAGACUGGAUUUGAACUUUUAUUUUGUAGACUGUACACAGGAGGGUGCUUAAGGUGUCUAAGGAGUCAAGAAGCUGUGCGGCAGUACUGUACAUGUUCACCAGCUGAAUCCUCUCAAUGUGCACUCGUAUUUGUUUGCUUGAAAAAAAAAACAAGGCACAUUCCAUUCCAAAGUCACCUAACCAGCAUGUGGUCACGGCACCUUGCAGACUUGUUGCAAAGUUUCGAUUGUAGUUUGAAAGGAAAUUGUUUUUGGGUGUUUAUCUUUGUUUUGACUGUGUCUUUGGACUGCAGACUCACCAAACAUGGUUGCUUAUGAUAUUGUUGCUGAUGUGGUUGUGCUCAGAAAACCUCUGUGGCCUAUUAGUUUAAAUAAACAUGAUCCAUCAGGAACAAGGAUGGUGAAUCAAUUCCAUGCAAAACUAUAAUCGAAUGGUGCAGUGUUCUCAGAACCUUUUAUAGUGCCUGCUGAACUGUGGCUGCUUCUAACAACGCUAUUACUGUACAUUCACAGAGGCUUGACGGAGAAUGUUGAAAAGAGGAUUUCAAUACAAGCUGUAUUGUUUAUUUUUUUAUUUUUCACCUACCUAUAAGUACUAGCUUUAAAGCGCUUGAUAAAACUAUAUUUAUCGUAUUGCGCAUGUACAGGAUUGUUCCAAUGGUGAAACGCAAGAGACAAUUAUGUUUGAUUAGUAAUGGUCAUUGUAAAUAUUUGUUAAGCAAAAAAUGAUUUAUUUAUAUGUUGGGGUAAUUGCACAUUUUCUUGUUCAUUUGUGGUGAAUGCCGUCUAUAAAUGUUAAAAUAUGUAUCCCGCCGGGUUGAUUGCAAACAAGGCCAUUGAAAUGUGAAUGUCGUACCGUCUAUCCAAUUCCUUUCGAAUUCUGCAAGGCAUGGAGCUUACUUAGUUUUUCUCCAUCUAAGAUUCUCGCAUAUAUUUGAGACAUGCCAACUCUUAAAUGCCAAUACAAGAUGUCGAAGCUUACAAGAGGAUCAGUUUGGAUGCAGAGACAGUGAAGUAGCCCCUCCGAGCCAAACGGUACUGGGGAAGAUCUCGAGAGACGUCGUUUUAUGGCAAGCCGAAUUGUCAUUUAUUAACUAAGUUUGACUAUCCGGAAUUUACAUUGUAGAUAUCAACAACUUCAUUCAAGAUAUCUGUAAUGUAGUUGUGACUAGUCGAAACGACAGUUAGAGAUAUCUGUAAUGUAGUUUUGACUAGUCGAAACGACUGUUAGAGAUAUCUGUAAUUCAGUUUUGACUAGGCGAAACUGAAUUACAGAUAUCUGCAAUGACUUCACGGAAAACGACAUUCAACUCGUCACACAUCUUAAAUGACAAUUGCAGAUAUCUGUAAUUCAGUUUCGCCUAGGCAGAAUGAAAGUUAAAGAUAUCUCAAACGUCAUUUGAGUGUUGGGCAUUACGUUUUAGAUAUCCAGAAAUACGUAAUUUCCCCUUGCCGCCGUAAUCAAAGCAGAAGUGGGUUCAUUUCCGAAUGGAAUAAGAAAGGAGCAGUCAUGGCGUUGGCUGUGAUCGAAAAGAUCACGAGAAAAUAUGGAGCGAUGUAAUCAGUGAAAUGUGUGAAUGAUGAUUGAACGAGGAGCUGCUCCGCUCCCGCUUAAAGUAAACGGUCCUAUAAUUUGUCAUUACAGAUAUCUGAAACGUCAUUACAGAUAUCUGAAACGUCAUUUCGCCUAGUCAAAACUCGACUUCAAGAUAUCUAUAAUUCAGUUUCGCCUAGGCAGAAUGAAAGUUAAAGAUAUCUACAAUUGUAGAUAUCUCUAAUCAAAAUUCCUUUCAAGAUAUCUAUAACUUUAUAAUAGAUAUCUACAACGUCAUUUUGACUAGUCGUAACUCCAGUUAGAGAUAUCUACAACGUCAUUUUGACUAGUCGUAACUCCAGUUAGAGAUAUCUACAACUUCAUUUCGCCUAGUCAAAACUUAAUUUAAGAUAUCUGAAAAGGGACAUGUAGAUAUCUUGAAUUGAGGUGAAUUAAAGAUAUCUUGAACUGGAAUUAUGACUAGUCAGAAUCAAAUUGUAGAUAUCUCAAACUGGAAUUACAGAUAUCUACAAUUCAGUUGCAGAUAUCCGUAAUUCACAAAGUGGAUAUCCGCAACUGAAUUGUAGAUAUCCGCAAUGAGAAACCCCAUAGACAUGAAUGGCGAAAAUGACGUAAUUUCGCCUAGGAGGAAUGUCUUUGUGGAUAUCUGAAAUGACAAUUGCGGAUAGGAGGAAUGUAGUUGCGGAUAUCCGAAAUGUUAGUUUUGACUAGGCGAAACUAAAUUGCAUAUAUCUGCAAUGUAAAUUCCGGAUAGUCAAACUUAGUUAAUAAAUGACAAUUCGGCUUGCCAUAUCGUUUAGAGGACGCUAACUACUCCUGGGUGACAGUUAAUGAGGACUGAUUGGGUGAACACCGGUGUCUCCCUCAAACAUUUGUACUUCAUCUGUGUAUCAUAAUUGUCAGAUUGCAUAGUUACAUUUUGUACCCAUAGUAAAUCAAUGUUUGUGCCAUUCUACGUUAGAAGACAAAUGUCCUUCGGCAUCUUCUUCUGCAGCAGUAGGAUACUGUUUGCAUAGGAUAGCAAGGAAUUCUCUAUGAUCUUCUCACAUUGGCCGAUAGAAUUAUGUGUCGGGUACACCAGACUAAUCUUGUUGGGAUCAUACCAAAAUGUGAGCUUAAAGCUAAUUGGUCAGAAUGCUGUGUGGGAGGUGGCCACCUGAAAGCAGUAUAGGCCUCUCUUGAGUUUUUGUUGAUGUUAAUGAUUAGUAUUUAUGUCAGGGAUUACAGUGAAAGAAGAUCUAAUAUGUACAUUUAAGUUAUUGACAAACUGCACCAAUGCCUCAUGGAGACAUUUCCAUGCAACAUGGCUGUUGAAUGGAAAGUAAUAAAAAAAUGAUCACAACACAAAAGGCUAAGUGUAAUUCAGGGUUUGUUUUGUUUGUGUGUUUUCUAU